UGCUGCGGCAAAAGCGCUAGCGCGCGCCCUGCUUGCCUGGGCGGAUGGCGAAAGCAUCACAAGCGGCGUCUUCAGGCAGGCCGCGCAUCGACUACUUCUACGAUGCCCAGAUCGGAAACUUCAACUACGGCGAGGGCCACCCAAUGCGGCCGCACAGAGUGAGGCUGACGCACCAGCUCGUCGUAAACUACGGGCUGUACAAGCACCUCAACGUCUUCCGGCCCAAACUAGCGACGCGCGCAGACAUGACGGCCUUCCACAGCGACGAGUACAUCCGCUUUCUGCAGGAGAUCACUCAGGACAACAUGCAGGAGGCGCUGUCGCACCUCGAGCGCUUCAACCUCGGCGCAGACUGCCCAGUCUUCGACGGGCUGUACGAGUACUGCCAGACGUACACAGGCGGCUCCAUCUCGGGCGCAGCGCGCAUUAACCAGGGCUGCUCGGAUAUCGUUCUCAACUGGUCGGGGGGGCUGCACCACGCGAAGAAGGGCGAGGCGUCCGGCUUCUGCUACGUCAACGACAUCGUGCUGGCGAUCCUCGAGCUGCUCAAGGUGCACGUGCGAGUGCUGUACAUUGACAUCGACAUCCACCACGGCGACGGCGUCGAGGAGGCCUUCUACCUCACCAACCGCGUCAUGACCCUCUCCUUCCACCAGGUCGGAGGCGCCUUCUUCCCCGGAACGGGCCACACUAACGACCUGGGCGCCAAGGCGGGCAAAAACUACUCGCUCAACUUCCCGCUGCUGGCGGGGAUGGACGACGCGGCGUACGAGAGCAUCUUCAAGCCGGUGGUGGACAAGGUGAUGGAGCACUUCCAGCCCAACGCGAUCGUGCUCUGCUGCGGUGCCGACUCGCUCUCUGGCGACCGGGUCGGCUGCUGGAACAUGUCCAUCCGCGGCCACGCAGCCUGCCUGGAGCACGUCAAGUCGUUUGGCGUGCCGAUGCUCGUGCUCGGCGGCGGCGGCUACACCGUGCGCAACGUCUCGCGCUGCUGGGCCUAUGAGACGGCGCGGCUCACGAACCAGCCAAUCUCGGACACGGUUCCGUGGCACGAGUACAUGGACUACUACUCGCCGGACUACAAGCUGCACGUGCCCGUCUCAAAUAUGGAGAACGAGAACACGCGCGAGCAGCUCGAGAUGAAGAAGCAGAAGCUCUUCGAGGCGCUCUCUCAGCUCGAGCACGCGCCGAGCACGACUAUGCAGACGGGGCAGCCCGGCACCCGAAUCAACCCGGACGCGCUGCAGCACGACUCGGAGGAGGAGGAGGAGGAGUGGGACCUCCGGCCGCACCGCAACCGCCGCGCCCACCUCGCAGAGUACUUUGACGACGACGACGCCGAGGGCGACUUGCUCGACACGGACAAGCCCGGCCGCGAGUACGAGGAGCCGCCGAGCGACGACGAUGACGGUCUGUGACGGGGGCCGUGGCGGUGGGGGGUGCGAGAGCGAGGCGGCGGGCCGUACGCACAGGCAGAGAGAGCUCCACAUACGACAUACACACAUGGCAAAAAAACACACGUACCGCAGGCCUCAUGUGUAGUUCCCUUUUACAGUCGGGUGGCUUGCCCGUUAUCUGGGGGCACACGCGUGUCUUUGUUUCUAUGUACUCACUAAUCAC